AUGUAAUAACAAUAUACUCAAGGACUUAUUCAAAUUGAUAAACACUUAGUUGAAUUACAUAAUAUCUCGAAGAAUGAUGACUAAAUUCUGGAAUCUUUUCAAUAAACAUCCUAAUAAUUAAGUGACAUCCUCAAACAAAUCAAAACUUUGAUGUAUGUAAAUAAAAUAAAUGCCGAUCUUACUAAACUGAAAUAAAACAACACAGAGACAGAUAGAGUUCCAGAAAGAUAAGCCAAGAGUCCUGCCCCUUCUUUACAGGAUAAAAUAUAAGGAAUUAUGAACAAAAGAAUGAAAAAGUGA